GGGUUGACAUUUGAGGAAGUGGAGAGCUUCUUCACUUUUCUGAAGAAUAUAAAUGACGUGGACACGGCUUUGAGCUUCUACCACAUGGCUGGAGCUUCGCUGGAUAAAGUGACGAUGCAGCAAGUGGCCAGGACGGUGGCCAAGGUGGAGCUCUCCGAUCACGUGUGUGACGUGGUGUUCGCGCUCUUUGACUGCGACGGGAAUGGCGAGCUGAGCAACAAGGAGUUUGUUGCCAUAAUGAAGCAGCGCCUUAUGAGAGGCUUGGAGAAGCCCAAGGACAUGGGCUUCACGCGACUCAUGCGGGCGAUGUGGAAAUGCGCCCAGGAGACAGCGUGGGACUUCACCAUGCCCAAGCAGUAG